AUGCAUCCAGAUAAGAACAAAAAUGUAGCCUAUUUUCAAAACCUGGAAAUGAAGCAUAAUGCUCAGCCAAGUGUAUCAAAACUUUUUUCGGUGGCUGUUAAUCAAGACGAUGACGAACUUCGAGCUUCAUACAAUAUCUAUUUGUUAAUUGCUCAAACAGGUAAACCACACAUCAACGGAGAAACGUUAAUUUUACCGGCAAUAAAAGAAGUUAUAACUACUGUGCUCCAUAAACCGACGGCAGACGUAAUUCUAAAAAUUCCUUUGAGCAAUAAUUCUGUGCAAAGACGAAUUGAUGAAAUGGCUGAAAACAUUGAAGAGUCGUUGUGCAAUCAUCUGAAGACUAGUCAAUUUUCAAUUCAGUUGGAUGAGUCCAUUUUACCAACUAAUGAAGCAUUGUUGCUGUUUUUCGUGAGGUUUACUAAAGAUGAAAAAAUAUGUCAAGAACUAUUAUUUGCUAGAAAUUUAGAGACAGGAAGGAGAAACCAUAUUUAA